CUCUCAGAAACUCACCUGUGAAGCUCCAAAGCAGGUCGGAGGAAGAACAGUCAACUUUUGCUUUCGGUCUUUGAUCUGAUCACAGACCAGAGAGAGAAAUCAUGCAGGCUUCAAAAGAGGAGGAAAAAAGUUUCAAAGAAAUGCGAAGGACGCUGUGGUUACUCAGAGUUAAACGCUCUCUUGGGAACACCUGGGGGAACUUGGACCAAAAGGAAGAACUGAUAAAGAAGUGCAGGAACCAAAGCGUCCUGCAGUGGCUGAGAGACGGUUCAGAGUCCCGAGACUUCUCCCAUCUCGUGGACAUGUUUAAUUUCCUGAAAGAACGCAUCGACGUGGAAGAGAAGAAGAACCACAGCAACAGUGUAGACAUCACCUUUGUGGCCCACGGAGCGAUCGGAGACUUCAUGAUCCCAGCCAGCUGCCUCCUGCCUCUGCCCUCCAUCACAGACGUGCUCCUGUAUUCUCCCUGGAACUGCACCAGUAGUGCUGAUGUGGUAUAUGGUGUCGCUACAGGACGCAUCAGGCCGCAGCACAGAGUUUUUAUCUGUGCCAAAAAGGACGGCUGUCUGAUUCCUGAUGGAGGGCAUCGGCCUGUGAAACUGCCAAACUACUGGAACUCCAUGAAGACAGCUGGAGAUCAAAUGAUUCCCAACAUCACUCGAAGACCUGACCUGACCCUCACCAACGGCAUCACAAGGACAGCGAGACAACAGCUCUUCUUCUUCCUCUGCUGGCUGAGGAGGAUCAACAUGGACUCCAGGAUACUCUGCACCUUCUACAGGUUUCAAGCCACCCUCCAUCUGAGUGCCUGUCUGGGGGAUCAGUCUGCUGGACAGAAGUUUGACAAAGACUAUCUGCAGACUCAGUAUGCCUGCGCUGUGGACAGCACUGUGAUGACACUUUCAGAAGACAUGUUCACUCGAAGACCUGACCUGACCCUCACCAACGGCAUCACAAGGACAGCGAGACAACAGCUCUUCUUCUUCCUCUGCUGGCUGAGGAGGAUCAACAUGGACUCCAGGAUACUCUGCACCUUCUACAGGUGCACCUCUGAGAGCAUCCUGAUCGGCUGCAUCACCUCCUGGUCAGGCAGCUGCUACGCCCUCCACGGUUAG